AUGAGAGGAAGCGCAGGCGUUUCCCGCUGCCUGGAGGAAUGCGCGAAAGUGCGUGUGGUCUGUGGUGGGCGAGUUGAAGUGGAGUGCCUUCUCCAUUCCCCCUGUCCUUUUACCCCUUUUCACCUGUCCCCCUUCUCCUUUCCCCCUGUCCUUCACCCCCUUACCCCCUGUCCCCCUUCUCCUUUCCCCCUGUCCUUCUCCCCCUUUUCACCUGUCCCCCUUCUCCUUUCCCCCUGUCCUUCUCCCCCUUUUCACCUGUCCCCCUUCUCCUUUCCCCCUGUCCUUCUCCCCCUUUUCACCUGUCCCCCUUCUCCUUUCCCCCUGUCCUUCUCCCCCUUUUCACCUGUCCCCCUUCUCCUUUCCCCCUGUCCUUCUCCCCCUUUUCACCUGUCCCCCUUCUCCUUUCCCCCUGUCCUUCACCCCCUUACCCCCUGUCCCCCUUCUCCUUUCCCCCUGUCCUUCACCCCCUUUUCCCCUGUCCCCCUUCUCCUUUCCCCCUGUCCUUCUCCCCCUUUUCACCUGUCCCCCUUCUCCUUUCCCCCUGUCCUUCACCCCCUUACCCCCUGUCCCCCUUCUCCUUUCCCCCUGUCCUUCACCCCCUUUUCCCCUGUCCCCCUUCUCCUUUCCCCCUGUCCUUCACCCCCUUUUCCCCUGUCCCCCUUCUCCUUUCCCCCUGUCCUUCACCCCCUUUUCUGCUGUCCCCCUUCUCCUUUCCCCCUGUCCUUCUCCCCCUUUUCACCUGUCCCCCUUCUCCUUUCCCCCUGUCCUUCUCCCCCUUUUCACCUGUCCCCCUUCUCCUUUCCCCCUGUCCUUCUCCCCCUUUUCACCUGUCCCCCUUCUCCUUUCCCCCUGUCCUUCUCCCACUUUUCACCUGUCCCCCUUCUCCUUUCCCCCUGUCCUUCUCCCCCUUUUCACCUGUCCCCCUUCUCCUUUCCCCCUGUCCUUCACCCCCUUACCCCCUGUCCCCCUUCUCCUUUCCCCCUGUCCUUCACCCCCUUUUCCCCUGUCCCCCUUCUCCUUUCCCCCUGUCCUUCUCCCCCUUUUCACCUGUCCCCCUUCUCCUUUCCCCCUGUCCUUCACCCCCUUUUCCCCUGUCCCCCUUCUCCUUUCCCCCUGUCCUUCUCCCCCUUUUCACCUGUCCCCCUUCUCCUUUCCCCCUGUCCUUCUCCCCCUUUUCACCUGUCCCCCUUCUCCUUUCCCCCUGUCCUUCUCCCCCUUUUCACCUGUCCCCCUUCUCCUUUCCCCCUGUCCUUCUCCCCCUUUUCACCUGUCCCCCUUCUCCUUUCCCCCUGUCCUUCACCCCCUUACCCCCUGUCCCCCUUCUCCUUUCCCCCUGUCCUUCACCCCCUUUUCCCCUGUCCCCCUUCUCCUUUCCCCCUGUCCUUCUCCCCCUUUUCACCUGUCCCCUUCUCCUUUCCCCCUGUCCUUCACCCCCUUUUCCCCUGUCCCCCUUCUCCUUUCCCCCUGUCCUUCACCCCCUUUUCACCUGUCCCCCUUCUCCUUUCCCCCUGUCCUUCACCCCCUUCACCCCCUGUCCCCCUUCUCCUUUCCCCCUGUCCUUUCCCCCCUUUUCCCCUGUCCCCCUUCUCCUUUCCCCCUGUCCUUCCCCCUUUUCACCUGUCCCCCUUCUCCUUUCCCCCUGUCCUUCUCCCCCUUUUCACCUGUCCCCCUUCUCCUUUCCCCCUGUCCUUCUCCCCCCCCUUUUCACCUGUCCCCCUUCUCCUUUCCCCCUGUCCUUCUCCCCCUUUUCACCUGUCCCCCUUCUCCUUUCCCCCUGUCCUUCCCCCUUUUCACCUGUCCCCCUUCUCCUUUCCCCCUGUCCUUCUCCCCCUUUUCACCUGUCCCCCUUCUCCUUUCCCCCCCUGUCCUUCCCCUGUCCCCCUUCUCCUUUCCCCCUGUCCUUCUCCCCCUUUUCACCUGUCCCCCUUCUCCUUUCCCCCCCUGUCCUUCUCCCCCUUUUCACCUGUCCCCCUUCUCCUUUCCCCCUGUCCUUCUCCCCUUUUCACCUGUCCCCCUUCUCCUUUCCCCCUGUCCUUCUCCCCCUUUUCACCUGUCCCCCUUCUCCUUUCCCCCUGUCCUUCACCCCCUUUUCCCCUGUCCCCCUUCUCCUUUCCCCCUGUCCUUCUCCCCCUUUUCACCUGUCCCCCUUCUCCUUUCCCCCUGUCCUUCACCCCCUUUUCCCCUGUCCCCCUUCUCCUUUCCCCCUGUCCUUCACCCCCUUACCCCCUGUCCCCCUUCUCCUUUCCCCCUGUCCUUCUCCCCUUUUCCCCUGUCCCCCUUCUCCUUUCCCCCUGUCCUUCUCCCCCUUUUCACCUGUCCCCCUUCUCCUUUCCCCCUGUCCUUCACCCCCUUUUCCCCUGUCCCCCUUCUCCUUUCCCCCUGUCCUUCUCCCCCUUUUCACCUGUCCCCCUUCUCCUUUCCCCCUGUCCUUCACCCCCUUUUCCCCUGUCCCCCUUCUCCUUUCCCCCUGUCCUUCACCCCCUUACCCCCUGUCCCCCUUCUCCUUUCCCCCUGUCCUUCACCCCCUUUCCCCUGUCCCCCUUCUCCUUUCCCCCUGUCCUUCUCCCCCUUUUCACCUGUCCCCCUUCUCCUUUCCCCCUGUCCUUCACCCCUUUUCUGCUGUCCCCCUUCUCCUUUCCCCCUGUCCUUCUCCCCCUUUUCACCUGUCCCCCUUCUCCUUUCCCCCUGUCCUUCACCCCCUUACCCCUGUCCCCUUCUCCUUUCCCCCUGUCCUUCUCCCUUUUUCACCUGUCCCCCUUCUCCUUUCCCCCUGUCCUUCACCCCCUUACCCCUGUCCCCCUUCUCCUUUCCCCCUGUCCUUCACCCCCUUUUCCCCUGUCCCCCUUCUCCUUUCCCCCUGUCCUUCUCCCCCUUUCCACCUGUCCCCCUUCUCCUUUCCCCUCUCCUUCUCCCCCUUUUCCCCUGUCCCCCUUCUCCUUUCCCCCUGUCCUUCACCCCCUUUUCCCCUGUCCGGGUGAGCAGCGGUGCCACGCUGACGGCGCUGUAGGUGCUGGCAGCAGCAGCAGAGCGGAUGGGAGAGCAGCACAUGGGCGAGCUGGCGGAGGUGAGGGAGGCGGUGCCUGCGGCGGUGGAGUAGAUGUCCACGCUGCCCCGCAGCACACCCCCCAUCCGCCUCUCCCUGCCGCAUCACAUGCCCUCACGUGCUGUCUUCCUCGGGGCCUCCCUCGCAACCACCGCCCUGCUCCCGCUGCGCGUCACCUUCCUCAACGACCCAGCGCCCCCCUGCCCCGCUUUCAGUUUUGUAUGCUAUCGCCGUUCCAAGGGACGGAUGGUGGUCGCAAAGGCAGACACGUUGGGUAUGAAGAGAUUCACUUGGCAUGCGUCCUCUGA